GGUCGAUAAUCGGCGUACCCUUGGCUCGCUGCUCAGAAAACCCUGCCUUCCCCCCAGUGCACUUCAGCGUUAGUUCAGUAUUUUAAUCUUGUUAAUAUACACGUGCGCGCAAGGCUGACUAGGUUUUCAAAUCGCAUUACUGUAACAAGAUUUGUCGUAAGCGCCGUGUCCCAGUCUGGGGGUAUAAAGCGUCUCGUUUGUUUUUGCGAGCGGGGAAAGGAAGGGUUUUAGUAGGCUGCCUGUAGUAUUGCGUCGUCUGUACCACACCCAACAGGCAGAAAACAUCGAGUGUGUACUGUGCGCUAAUGUGUUUAUGCGGAAAGAUUUGGUGGUUAUUAUUAAUGUUCAUAGGAGUGCUACGUUUGUGAGAAGCCAAGUGAGGGUUUGUAAAACGGCUCGGAAAACGGCUCGAAACAGAUAAUAUUGGCUGAGCCAACCCUCCGAAGCUAAAACAUGGCGUGCUGCCUUUCAGAAGAGGCGAAGGAGCAGAAGCGAAUAAAUCAAGAAAUCGAAAGGCAGCUUCGGAGGGAUAAACGUGAUGCGAGACGGGAGCUGAAACUUUUACUUCUAGGUACUGGUGAGUCGGGGAAGUCGACAUUCAUCAAGCAGAUGCGUAUCAUCCACGGCUCGGGGUACUCUGAUGAAGAUAAACGAGGUUUCAUCAAAUUGGUUUACCAGAACAUAUUCAUGGCCAUGCAAAGUAUGAUUAGGGCCAUGGAGUUACUAAAGAUACAGUAUGCGCAGUCAUCAAAUAUAGAAAAAGCAGAACUCAUUCGAAGUGUGGACUUUGAAACAGUAACAACGUUUGAAAGUCCAUAUGUUGAGGCCAUCAAGGAUCUGUGGGCAGAUGCAGGAAUUCAGGAAUGUUACGACAGGCGUCGCGAGUACCAGCUCACAGACUCUGCCAAGUACUACCUGUCGGAGAUAGACCGCGUGGCGGCUCCCAACUACCUCCCGACGGAGCAGGACAUCCUGCGAGUGCGAGUGCCCACCACCGGCAUCAUAGAGUAUCCGUUUGAUCUGGAGGAGAUUCGUUUUAGGAUGGUAGAUGUAGGAGGACAGCGUUCGGAGAGAAGGAAGUGGAUACACUGCUUUGAAAAUGUUACUUCCAUUAUCUUCCUGGUAGCAUUAAGUGAAUACGACCAAAUUCUGUUUGAAUCUGAAAAUGAGAAUCGGAUGGAAGAAAGCAAAGCAUUGUUUAAAACGAUCAUAACAUAUCCCUGGUUCCAACACUCCUCAGUCAUCCUGUUCUUGAACAAGAAGGAUCUCCUCGAAGAGAAAAUCAUGUAUUCACAUCUAGUAGACUAUUUUCCAGAAUAUGAUGGGCCAAAGCAAGAUCACAUUGGUGCACAGGAGUACAUUCUGAAGAUGUACAUGGCACAGAAUCCCGACCCUGAUCGCAUGUGUUAUUCUCACUUCACAGUCGCUACAGACACUGAGAACAUUAAACUAGUGUUCUGUGCUGUCAAAGACACUAUAAUGCAAAGUGCUCUGAAGGAGUUCAACUUGGCCUAAUGUAACUAACGUGUGCAUGUACAUGUUUUAUUUUACUCCUAUUAUUAACACCACUGUUGCUGAUUGCAUGUUUUCAAAUCUUCUUUUUUCUCAGUGUCAAAGAAAUGUGGAGGCAGAAUUUUUUAAAAUGUAUUUGUACUGUAUCUUAUAUUUGAGUAUUGGGAUCACUAAGCAGAUAUUUUAGAGGUUCCACAUUAUCAUAUUUUGAGAUGUUUUUAAUAUGUGGGCAAGUGACAAUUUGCAUAAAUUGAUGUUUUAUACUGUUUUAGGGAAUUACUGUAAAUUCUUUUCUUGUAUAUUAAUGAAGCUGGGAAAAAUUGAAGGUGGUGUAUAUGAGAAAACAAUUGAAAUAUUGUUCAUAUUUUAUGCCUUUAAAAGAAAGGAAGAGAACUGGCAAAUGGGCAAUUUUUAGGUAAAACUAUUCCCUUCACUAUUACAUCUGCAUGUAUCGUAUUCAGUUAUUCAACUGUUCUCUCUGUGAGGCUACGAUGAAUCUCUAAAUGUCUUUAUUAUAACAAUGACAACCUGGAAAUGUUGAAAAUAAUGGAUAACUUUUUUAUGAAGUUCUUCAAUAUUGUUAAAUACGUGGGGAUGCGUAGACAUCGUUUUGCUGUGUGCAGGUAUUUCAUUAAUUAAUACAGUAUUUGUUAUGGUUUCUCCACCUGCUAAGAGAUUUUGUUGCCACGUUUUGUUUUUGAUAUGGGUAAUUCCCUUAAGAAUGUAAGCUGAGGAACACUAUUCGAAGGAACCUGAGAUCAGUUUUUGUAGAUGGCUUGUUCUGUAUUUAAAGAUGUAGAAUAAUUUAGUGUGUUAAUAUUAUAAUUACUAAUUUUGUAAAUAACCUAUUCUUCAGAAUCAAAUAACUAAUGUUUAAAUAACAAUUAUUUUCUGAUAUGAGUUUGGAAAUGCACAAAUAUAGAAACUGUUAUUUGUUGAA